AACAACGGGUUGACGUUGCUGCCUUUGAAAUGGCGUUGAUGCGGUUAAAUGCGCCGUUAUUUGUUGUUAUAGCGCUCGCUUAGAACCGCUUGUGGUUUUAACUUUUCGUGUCCAGCGGUAACUUGUGGACUCGGUUUAGCUCUUUGGGCAUUAAAAAGUUGAACAAAAAAAUGUGGUGAAAAGAAAUUGUUGUUAAUUGACGUUGCAUAAUAAGGCCGUAAGCCUCGAGCUUGCGUGGGGAUUACAAACGGCUUUUGGACGUCGGGCCCAGCUGCUGCUACACAUCGGACUUCAGCAGAAUCCCAGCUGUCAUGACUGUCAUCUGCAGGGAUCUGGAACAGAAGUGACCUGAGUUCAGUUCAACAGUAACUUUGCUCUAUUACUGAAGAAUUGUAGCCUUUUAGGUUUCGGAAGAGUCUUUCCCACCUGAGUUGGAUUUACCACACAGACUGUGAACAUGGCUUCGGUGCCGGUGUAUUGCUUGUGCCGACUGCCAUAUGAUGUGACACGCUUCAUGAUUGAAUGUGACAUUUGUCAGGACUGGUUUCAUGGGAGCUGUGUUGGAGUAGAAGAGGACAAAGCGGCUGAGAUCGACCUGUAUCACUGCCCCAACUGUCAGGUCACACAUGGUCCUUCAGUCAGUUCAGUGCGUAAACGCAGAGGAAGCAAUAAACAGACAGAUGGAGGGACUGCUGCGGGAAGAGAUCCGAGUCGGCCGGUUAAGACGGGCAGUCCACAGUUUGUUCGAGAACUACGAAGCCGCACAUUCCCCAAUGCGGAUGAAGUCUUGUUGAAGCCAUCAGGUGCUCAACUGACCGUUGAGUUUCUGGAAGAGCAUUCAUUUAGUGUUCCUGUCAUGGUUCUACGGCGAGAUGGGCUCGGCAUGACUCUUCCUCCAUCAUCGUUUGGUGUCAAUGAUGUAGAGCACUACAUCGGUGCGGAUAAAGAGAUUGAUGUGAUUGACGUGUCUCGUCAGUGUGACCUCAAGAUGCGCUUGGGAGACUUUGUGGAAUACUACAAUAGCCCCAACAGAGACAGAGUGCUCAAUGUCAUCAGCCUGGAGUUCUCUGAGACCAGGCUCUCUAACUUGGUGGAGACCCCCAAGAUUGUUCGGAAGCUGUCGUGGGUAGAAAACCUUUGGCCUGAGGAGUCUGUUUUUGAACGUCCGAAUGUGCAAAAGUACUGCCUCAUGGGAGUGAAGGACAGCUACACUGAUUUCCACAUUGACUUUGGAGGAACCUCAGUGUGGUACCAUGUCCUGAGGGGUGAGAAAAUCUUCUACCUGAUUUCUCCCACCCCAGCCAACCUGGCGCUGUUUGAGCGGUGGAACUCUUCAUCAAGCCAGAAUGAGAUGUUCUUUGGCGACCAGGUUGAUAUGUGUUACAAGUGUUCGGUCAAACAGGGAAACACCUUGUUCAUACCAACAGGGUGGAUUCAUGCUGUGCUGACUCCAGUGGAUUGUCUAGCCUUUGGAGGAAACUUCUUGCACAGUCUCAACAUAGACAUGCAACUGCGAGCUUAUGAAAUCGAGAAGAGAUUGAGCACAGCAGACUUGUUCCGCUUUCCAAACUUUGAGACCGUGUGCUGGUAUGUUGGAAAGCAUCUCCUCGAUACCUUCAGAGGUUUGAGAGAAAAUCGCAGACACCCGGCAACGUAUCUGGUUCAUGGAGCUAAAGCGCUGAACAACGCCUUCCGCGGCUGGACUCGUAAAGAGGCUUUACCAGAGCAUGAGGGGGAGAUUCCAGAAACCAUCAAUACUCAGACACUCGUCAAAGAUUUGGCCAAGGAGAUCCGCCUGGUUGAGGAUAUCUUCCAACAAAACAUUGGUCGCUCCGGACCUCAGUUUCCCGGCUCCCCGCUGUCCAAAGCUCCUCUGACCACCUCUCAGAAUUCAGGACGCCCGCCUGGAAAAAAGAAAGGACCCAAGCCCAAGGAGGUGAUAGGGGGUCUCGGACCGCCGACAACCAAAAAGAAGAGUCAGAAGGCGCUCAUUAAAGCAGAGGCAGGAGAAAUGGACCUCAUUGAAAUCCACACCAAACAUACGCUGAAGAAAUUUCAACCUGGCAAAACCAAGCACAAGAACAAGCUGGACUUGCCAUUAGACGAGUUUGAAGGGAAGAUCAAUAAAAGCAAACUGAAACUUGUGCUCACCAAUGGAAAAAUCCAGGGUAAGAAGGAUGGCAGCAGCAACGGUGCAGGAAGUGCUGGAAGCUACAAGCAUCUUGCCGGAGAGGGUUCCAGUUUGUCUGACCUGGAAUCUGAAGACGAGCUGCAGAUCGACGAGACUCCUCCUCCGCGACGCAAGGCCGCCGGGCCCAGCAAGAAGAAGAAAUUAAGUGGUCUUCCGCGGAAGCUGCCGAGAGCCAAACCCUGUUCUGACCCGAAUCGCAUCAGAGAGCCAGGAGAGGUGGACUUCGACAUUGAGGAGGACUACACCACCGAUGAAGAGGCGCUGGCUGCUCAUGGAGUGAAGGGUGGUGCAGGAGGCAUUCUGGACUUAUUAAAGGCCAGCAAGCAGGUGGCAGGAUUGGACCCUGCAUCUCUCAGUGAGGAAGCCCCAGCUUCUCCCAGCACUCGUGAUGCCAUCCAGGGUAUGCUCUCCAUGGCCAACCCCCCUUCCUCCUCAUCCUCCUCCUCCUCUUCAUCUCCCUUAUCCAUCUCUGGAGGCCUGACGGAGGGCUUAGGGGUCGUCAAAGAGAAGGGCGGCAGGGCCGUUUGGGUGACAGGGGGGGUCAAAAAGACCAAUCCAGAGAAGAAACCAGUCAUCCAGCGGCCUGGAAAACGCCCCAUCAAGCGACCAGCGCGCCACCUGAGUGACGAGGAGAGUCCAGAUGAGCAGGAAACUCUGGGGACGUGUUUUAAAGAUUCAGACUAUGUUUAUCCAUCCCUGGAGUCUGAUGAAGAAGAUCAUGCCAGCAAGACAAAGAUGAAGCGGAAGAAAAACUGGGACGACACACCGUGGAGCCCCAAAGCCCGGGUGAUGCCGACCCUUCCAAAGCAGGAGCGACCUGCAAGGGAAGGCGCUCGAGUGGCCUCAGUAGAAACCGGCCUGGCAGCAGCUGCUGCCAAACUGGCACAGCAAGAGCAGCAAAAGCCCGCUAAGAGGAAGUACACCAAAAAGCAGCGCCCUCCUGCUCCGGUGGUCACUCCUCCCCCCGUCCCCGCCGAGCCGGCCCCGCCCUCCCCGACACCAGCUCCCGAGUCUGCGGCGGACGGCAGCCCGGACAGAAGGAUGGAUUAUUUCUCCGCCAGUCUGUUGGACCAUGAAUACACGGCCGGGCCGGGACCCUUCGGCCCCGGGGGCCCCAGAGGCAGCGGCGCCAUGGCCCCCGGCGUGUUCCUCACUUCACGGAGACCCUCCCUGUCUCCGCAGAACAGCAGCUCGCACUCCGGGGCGUCCCCCGCCGGUUUAGCCAGCCAGGGUGCAAUGGGAGUUGGUCAAGGGAAACGUCCAAAGAAAGGACUUGCAACUGCAAAACAGAGACUUGGAAAAAUCCUGAAAAUUCACCGCAACGGAAAGCUCCUCUUGUGAGAGUCGAUGGAUAACGUGGCUGUAGAUUUAGUGAGAGUGAAGCGAAGGCCUUAGUGAAGUCGGCCUGAAGGAAAUAGAGAUAGUAAUCUAUAUUUUGUACUCUAGAAAAAAUGUUUACCGUUUUACUUGUCAUCAGCCUCAUCAACCCUCUGUUGUCCCGGACCAGUUGCUCUCACCAAUUCCCCUGAUCCACAUCUGCAUUAAGGUACUGUCAGAGGCACAGCUGGAAUUAUCAGCAGCAAAUUGACUAAUUAACCCAUUUGACAUUGGCAAUGAAAUUUUAGGAUGAACAAUAAGUCAACAUGAAGUUUAAAUAUUUUUUUUUUAAUUUGUAAUACAUUUUAUUGUUCAAACACUUUUAAAAGAGAAAUAAAUUCUACUUAAAGAAUGUAUGGUAUUUGUACCUUCCACGAUCCCAUACACAAAUACUCGUGUGGAUGCCGACACACACUUUCUUGUCUUUUGUUCCAUUUUAGUUUUAGGUGGCAAAACAAAAGGCAUCAGUUCCACUUGGCUCACAGUGUGUUUGACAAAACAAUUCCUUGGAGGAAUUUCUCCUCGGUGUUUGCAUGACAUGUUUUCAUCCAGACACCGUUGCUUUCACCGUGGAAUCAAUCACCCUAAAUUAAUGCCAAGACAAAAACAGUUUGAUCUUAUUUAUUCAUUUCAUAUUUAUUUCACAGAGCAGCGUUUUACCGUCUCUUCUCCCAGGUUUUAUUUGUUCCUACCACCUCACUGUCCUCUGUGUUAAACCACUUACCUGGAAAACAAUUUAUCCACUGCUUUGUUAGAAUUUUUUUUACAGUUUUCAGUUGUCAUUGUAAAUAUUUGUAAUAUUUGUAAUUUAUAUAGCUACAUUGGAAAAACUGAAAAAUCUAAAAUAAAGAGACUAGUUUCCUGCAUGUUGCCACGGUUCGUGCUCUAGGUGUCGGCAGCAUUCUCGGGUCAGAUCUAGACAUGUGCUUUCUUACCAUAGAAUGUACUAGUAAUCCAAUGUGGACAGAGGUGUAGAUUUAACUGUGUGAAAACAUUGUGAAGUUGCAGGAUCUGAAUUGUGUAAAUAAAUGUUGUAAUUUAAGUUCUUUUAUAGUUCAAAAAACUCAAAACUUUCG